AUGCUUGGGGCGGGCAAAUCGCGAUGGGCCAAUACGGAAGAGGACGCUGAGCUGGAGGCCAAGAUUAAGAGAGAAAAGGAGGAAAAACGACUCAAAAAAGCUGAGAAGGCGCGCAAGCUCGAGCAGGAGAAGCAGGCCGCUGCGGCUUCACGCGACGACGAUGAUCGCCCUUCGAAGCGUCGCAGGCUAACACCAGAGCCAGGGACGCGCGAUGGGGCGAAUGCACCUGCUAAAGAGGACGGUUCCCCUGUAAAAUUGCUGCGCUUCGAAACUGGCUCGUGGGGGCGCAGCAACAGCGUCGAGGGCUACGACAAGCUCAACGACAUCGAGGAGGGCACAUACGGCUGGGUCGCGCGCGCAACACAGCGUUCCACAGGCAAGGUGGUGGCACUGAAGCGUCUCAAGCUGGAUCCUGCAGACCGCAGCGGGUUACCUGUGACGGGAUUACGAGAGAUACAGAUUCUGCAUGAUUGCAAGCAUCGCAAUGUCGUCACGCUGGAGGAAGUCGUCGUCGGCAGCAAUGUAAAUAAGAUGGACAAUUCAAUAUUUCUUGUUCUCGAAUUCGUUGAGCACGACAUUAAAAGCAUAUUGGAUGACAUGCCUGAGCCGUUCCUGGCUUCAGAAAUUAAGUGUCUUUUGCAGCAGCUUACUGCGGGCGUGGCAUACUUGCAUGAGAACUGGAUAUUGCACCGCGACCUCAAGACAUCGAACCUGCUACUCAAUAACCGCGGCCAACUCAAAAUUGCCGACUUUGGCAUGGCCCGCUACGUGGGUGACCCGGCGCCAAAGCUCACCCAGCUCGUUGUGACGCUCUGGUACCGCAGUCCCGAGCUUCUCCUGGGUGCCAGGACAUACGACACGGCCGUCGACAUGUGGAGCAUAGGCUGCAUCUUUGGCGAGCUGAUUGCCCGAGAGCCUCUCUUACAAGGCACCAAUGAGGUGGACCAGGUGACCAAGAUCUUUGAGCUAUGCGGCGUUCCGACGGACGACUCAUGGCCUGGCUUCCGCAAGCUCCCCAACGCGCGGUCGCUGCGGUUUCCCAAGACGGCUGCCGCCACGGGCUCCGUGAUUCGCGCCAGGUUCCCAAGCAUGACUUCCGCCGGCGCGGGGCUGCUCACGGAGCUCCUGUCACUCAAUCCUGAUGCUCGUCCGUCUGCCAAGCAGAUGCUGCGGCACGAGUACUUUCGACAGGACCCAAAGCCCAAGCCAGAGAGCAUGUUUCCCACAUUCCCGAGUAAGGCUGGCCAGGAGCGGCGACGGAAACAUGAGCCGAAUGCGCCGGUGCGUGGGCAGCAGGCUGCCUUGUUGGGCGACGUCGACUUUAGCGGUAUUCUACAAGGUAGAGACAAGGAAGAGCGCGGCGGCGGAUUCAGUCUACGGAUGGUUUGA